AUGGAAAGUUCCAACAAGAUAGCAGAACAAUUUUGGCAGCAAUGGCAACAGCAGUACUUGACGUCUCUACGAGAGAAGUACCAGCGAGAGGUAACAACUAAGCGCGGAUCGCGUAUUACUCCAAAGGAGGGACAAGAAGUGUUGAUCUGUGACGCACUACAACCUCGACACACAAGGAAAAUGGGUCGCGUGGAUGAGGCAUCGGUAGUACUACCUUCACGUAGGAGAGUCAGGAGAUCACUAAAUCUGUUGGUGCCUCUGGAGCUCGAUGACGUGGAAACGAACGAGGAUCUGGAAGCGACGUCACCUCAGCAAACUCCGGGGAGUUCGUCGGAAACUACACAGGAAACCAUGGUAGACGAUCUACCACUAGGAACGGAACCGUCACGUUAUAACCCUCAUCAGACGAGAAGGUUGGACCACAGCAAACUGACGCGCAAUUUGGGCACUGUGUCGGUUAUGUCUGUAACAUGUACAGCCGUGGUGUCAGAAGGAAGUACCACGGCACGAGAACUUCAAAGUACAUCUCAGAAUGGAAGCAUACAGAGCCGUAAAUUCUCAUCUUCAGACUUCACAAUUUCACUCAAUAUCGGACAACGUAUCGGCAUUCUUCAUGGACAGGGUAUGUUCGGUCAGUUUUUACGAAAUGGCACAUAUUCAAUUGGAGGAAUUGGGGGACGUACUCCGUGA